AUGAUCGAAAAGCCAUCAAUCGGAGCAGGGAAACCGUUCCCGGAUGCUCUUCCAGAUUCAGAUAACUAUGUUGUCGAUUUCGACACAGUCGAUGACCCCUUUCAUCCCCAAAACUGGACAUUAUCAACCAAACUAUUCACAUCCAUCCUCGUCUGCUCAGGGACAUUCAUAGUCUCCCUCACAAGCGCAAUAUUCGCUCCAGGAAUCGACAAAGCAAGCAAAGAAUUCGGCAUCGGAACAGAAGUCGGCACACUAGGAACAACACUCUACGUCCUGGGCUUCGCAUCAGGACCCCUGAUCUGGGCACCCGCCUCCGAGCUGCGCGGAAGAAAAUGGCCUCUGACAAUUGGAAUACUGGGCGGGGGGAUUUUCACCAUUGCAUCGGCUGUUGCUAAGGAUAUCCAGACCUUGAUCAUUUGCCGGUUCUUCGCUGGGGUAUUUGGCGCAAGUCAGUUGACUGUUGUCCCCGGUGUACUAGCGGACCUGUAUAGCAAUGCCACUCGUGGUGUUGCAAUCUCUCUGUACUCCUUGACUGUUUUUCUUGGCCCGUUUAUGGCUCCGUUUACUGGGGGUUUCAUUGCUGCGAGUCAUUUGGGUUGGCGGUGGACUCUUUAUAUCCCGGCGAUUUUCAGUCUUGUUAAUGGUGCCAUCAGUGUCUUGUUCUUGAGUGAGACUUAUCCGCCUUGUCUUCUCGUGACCAAAGCGGCUGCUAUUCGCAAGGAAUCUGGGAAUUGGGGCAUACACGCCAAGCAGGAAGAAGUCGAGAUUGAUAUGGCUGAUCUUGUGGAGAAAUACUUCACGCGACCCGUGAGGCUGGUUUUCACGGAGCCGAUUAUUUUGGUCUUGUCGCUGUAUAUGUCGUUUAUCUACGCUCUCGUCUAUGCUCUCCUUGAAGCAUAUCCCUAUGUCUUCGAGCAUGUUUACGGCAUGUCCCCUGGAAUUGCAGGUCUGAUGUUCAUUGGACUUAUGAUAGGUGUUCUGCUUGCCUGCUCCUAUAUUCUCUUUCAACAGGUAGCAUAUGCGAAGAAGUUGGAAGACAAUAAAGGCGUUGCAGUGCCCGAAUGGCGUUUAGCACCGACAAUAUUAGGAGCACCUAUUUUCACAAUCGGUCUUUUCUGGUUCGGCUGGACUGGAUUCACAUCCACCAUUCACUGGGCUGCACCCGCGGCAUCUGGUAUCUUCAUUGGAUUCGGCAUUCUUUGCAUCUUCCUUCCGUGUUUCAACUAUCUCGUUGAUUCCUAUCUGUCCAUUGCUGCUUCGGCUGUCGCUUCACAUAUCAUGCUUCGAUCUACCAUAGCUGCAGGAUUCCCAUUAUUCUCGAGACAGAUGUUUCAAAACCUGGGAGUGCAGUGGGCGGGAACGUUACUUGGCUGUUUGGCUGCAGCCAUGAUUCCCAUCCCAAUCAUCUUCAGAUCCUAUGGACCUUUGCUGCGAAGCAAAAGCAAGAUAUUCCAAUAA